CCCUCCUCACUGAUCUUUAAAAGCUGCAGGGAACACACGGACACACGCACACUCGCUCAUUCACCUGCUUCCAGUAAAGAUGUUCUGCAGACGGGCAUGGCAGAGAGUCGGGCCGCUGGCACGCAAGGUCUUCGGACCCACAUCCAGAAAUCCUCCAGUGCGACACAUGGCCUUUGGGAUUCCUGGAGGCUCCACCAACAUGACGUACUAUCUUCUGGGUGGAGGAGGUCUCACUGCUGCUAUUGUCUAUGCUUAUAAGUCAGUGAGUGGUGAAGGUGUGCGCCCUGAAGACAAACUGGCAGACAUGGGCUCCCCAGCAAAGGCUGAGGUAACAGCUCCUGCACCCGAAGCCGCCCCAGUUGAGGAGGCAGCCGCCGAGUCUGUUCCCGCUCCGGUAGAGGCGGAGGCCGCUGCCGAGGUGGUCGUUACUGAGGCUCCAGCAGAGCCAGCGGCCGCUGAAGAAGCUGCCCCACCUGCAGAGGCUGUCCCUGAAGCUGCUUCAGAAGUUGCUGCCGAAGCUGAGGUGGUCGCAGCAGAAGCAGUCGAGGCCCCCGCAGUCGAGGCCCCCGCAGUCGAGGUUGUCACAGCAGAAGCAGUCGAGGUGGUCACACCAGAGGUGGCCGAAGCUGCCACAGCAGAGGUGGCCGAAGCUGCCACAACAGAAGCGGCCGAGGCCCCAGCAGCUGAGGCACCCGCAACAGAAGCCCCAGUAACGGAAGCCCCUGCAGAAGAGAGCACUGGCUAUCACUCCCUGUUCUCCUUUCCCACUUCAGAGUCUCUGCCAGAUCUGCUCACAGCUGUGAAGAUCUUGGCCGGCUCCACAGUUGAGAUCGCAGCAGCUUCUGUUGCUGAGAAGAGUCUGGUGAACUCUGUCCAACUAAUAGAAGAUGGAAAAGGUCUGGACUCCACCCUGGUGGUGGUGGAACCAGAAGUCAUGGAAGCUACCACAGAGGUGGUAUCUAAGGAAGCAGCUGAGGAGGCAGCUAAUGUAAUGAUCGAGGAGGAGCAGAAGACUCCAGAGGCUGGUGAACAUGAGGCAGUGGCUGAUGUGGAAGUAGCAGAAGCUCCAUCUGCUGAAGAGGGGAUGACGGAGGAGACUCCUGCUGCAGCAGAGGAGGAAGAGGGAGCAACUGUAUCUCCUCCAGAGGAAGCUGAUGCUUUGGUAGAGGAGGUGGGAGAAGUCAGCGCUGAGGAUCAGGCGCCAGGCCCUGAAGCUGCUCCAGAGGAAGCUGUCUCUUCUACAGAGGCCUCACCUGGAGAUACACCUGAGGACAUUUCACCUCAUGAAGCCUGUGGGGAAAACGCUGCAUCAGAGGCCUCACCUGGAGAGGCAGCUGAAGAUUUUUCACCUGCUGAAGCCUGUGUGGAAGAAGAUGCAUCAGAGGCCAUUUCCCCCACUGAGGCCUAUGUGGAAGAAGAUCCAUCAGAGGCCUCACCUGAGGUUACAGCUGAGGACAUUUCCCCCGCUGAAGCAUCUGUAGAGGAAGCUGCAUCAGAGGCCUCACCUGAAGAUGCAGCUGCUGAGGCCACCACCACUGCAGAAGCUGCUCCACUGAAUGAGAAGUCACCAGGCGAGAUGACACCUGCUGUUGAAACAAUGGAUGAAGCCUCAGCAGAGGACACAGAUGAAAUGGUGUCCACACACAGUGAAGCUGCAGCAGUCAUGGACACGGCUCAGCUGGCCGCAGCCUCCACAGCAGGGGAUCUGGAAGUUCUUUCUGCUGCUGAACCAGAAUCUGCAUCAGAGGGUCCAGCACAUGAGGAGAAGGUGCCAGCCACUGCUUUAGAAGAGGAGCUGGUCAGUGAGGGAGCAGCGGAUAUAACGCAUGUGACCAUGGAGGUGGUGUCAGUCGUGGGAGGACAAAGUAAGAACACGCAUGCUGCCAGUCUUGGAGUUUUUGAUCACCCCAUACCUAUUUUACCAUUACCUUUUAAAUCACCUAGUAUAUUCAUCUUGGUUUGUUAAAUCUAAGGCAGGGAAAUCAGUACAGUACCAUUAAAUAAUGAACUGGGAAUUGUUUGGGUUGGGAAAUAUCCUCGAUCCAAUCAGAAAUGGCCGGACUAUCUUGAAAUGUUAAAAUUUCACAGCAGUCAAAUUGUGAUGUUUCUUCACUCAAACAAGCUUGC